UGUCAGGGCGCCAUUUUGUCAGCUGUCGGUUGUUUGGUUUAGUUGUGGUUAGGUUGCUAAAAGUUUGUCUUUAUUUCCACUGGGUUUGAAAAAUAUAUUUUUUUUUGUUGGUUUGUUUGUACCUGCGUGUGUGUGUUCCUUUUGUUUGCUUUUGUUAAAAUGAGUGACACGGAAGACUUGACUGAUGAGGAGAGGGUUAAUAUACAUGAAGAAGGUGGAAUAAUGGAAGAUAAUCAAGAUAAUGACUAUACACACAAGUAUUGCAGAUCAGUCAAAUAAAUUUGAAGCUGAAAUGAGAGCGAAGAAUGGUCAGAUAGAAGAGCAUGCAUGGUGUAAGGCAUUAAGUGGUUUGAAGGUGAAGAAUACUCGGUGUGAGAAAACUGAAAAAUGAAGAAUGAAGAAAAGAAAAAAGUAAAAGCAAGUGAAGUAAAUUUAAAAGAAGGUGUCUGAAGAAAAGAUACCUAGGCCAAAAUGGGAGGUCAACAUCAAGAUCACGGAGCAGGAGUACAGCUGAACGUGCCAAGUCCAGAAGUCGAUCUGAGUCGCGUUCUAUAUCAAGGGCAUCAAACCUGUCAGGAUCACAAACAUCAUUCUCUAGAUCUCGUUCAAGGUCCAGGUCGCGGUCAGAACUGGGGAUGUUCACCGAAGAUUGUCUGCUGUUCAGCACCAUCUCUUGAUGAAGCAGUCUAUGUUCAAAUGCAACAAGACCUGGGACAAUAUCCAAGCUUGGGCUGACAAGUGGCAGGAAACAUUCAGCUCCAUAAAUGCAAGGCAAUGUCCAUCUCAAAGAAGAUCCUGCAGGUUAUUAUUGAGAAACUCAACUGCGCACUCUCUCUACAAAUUCAUUGUCUACAAGAGCAGGUCAUGCUCUCGACGUCGGUCCAAGUACUAUUCUCGAUCCAGAUCUCACACACGGUCAUACAGGAGGAGGCACAGGAGCCGAUCCUACUCCCCUGUCUACAGACGGCGGCGAAGCAACAGCCACUCUCCCAUAUCGAGAAGGCGACGUCAUAUUGGAAAUAGGAGUAAUCCAAACCCUAAUAAUUGCUUAGGCGUGUUUGGCCUGAGCUUGUACACCACCGAACGGGAACUACGUGAAGUAUUUUCGCGAUAUGGACCCCUUGCUGGAAUAAAUGUUGUCUAUGAUCAACGGACAGGAAGAUCGAGAGGAUUUGCAUUUGUCUACUUUGAAAAUGUCGAAGACUCAAAAGAAGCAAAAGAACGUGCUAAUGGGAUGGAACUUGAUGGCCGACGCAUUAGGGUAGAUUAUUCCAUUACAAAAAGACCCCACACUCCAACUCCAGGGAUCUACAUGGGCAGGCCAACAACCAGUGUUGGUUCUUCUCAUUACAAUGACUAUUACAGUGACCGAUAUGAUGACCGGGAUUACAGCUACAGGAGACGUUCCCCUUCACCCUAUUACAGAAGAUACAGAUCUCGAUCUCGUUCUUACACACCCCGUCGCUACUGAUGGCACUUACCAAGUAUUUCCUACCUGUUUAAAAUGGAUGGGAACCUUUUCAAACCUACAGGGAGUUUUUUUAAAACUGAAAUGAGAAUUAUUGGGCAUUGUAGUGCUUUUUUAAAAACAUUUUUAAUUAUUUUAAGCAAAGCCCUAUAAUCAGAAGUAGUCUCUCAUUUUAAGAUUUAGUUUUCUGAUGCCUCACUAAAUUGUUUUGCUGUCAUGGUGAGCGGGAGUCUGUCUUUUUAAUGGGAGACCUACAGCAGUAUUGUUGCAUUAAAUGUUAUUGCAGUCAUAUAAUUUCUGGUACAUAUGUACUUAUUACUUUGGGAUAUUAAGCAAGGUGUCAUGACUUUAUGUGCACACUGUUUGAUUUUGCAUACUUUAUAAGGAAAGAUUCAGUUGUAAAGCUGCUUUGUGGGAAGUGAUGACAUGCAAUAAAUGUCUUAGACACAGAA